GCCCGGCAGCCGCGACCCCCCUGCCUUGCCCUGCAGAGGCACAUGACCGCAGCCGACCCGCGGCCGCUGCUGCGGCGCCCGUUCCUCGAGAGCCGCCCGCCCGCCCAACGCAGCAGUAAGUGUGGACGUCUGUGUAAGUGUGAGAGAAUUAUGGUGGCAUUUAAAGGAGUCUGGACUCAGCCCUUCUGGAAAGCCGUUUCGGCAGAAUUUUUGGCCAUGCUCAUUUUUGUCCUCCUCAGCCUCGGCUCCACGAUCAACUGGGGUGGAGCAGAGAAGCCGCUGCCUGUGGACAUGGUCCUCAUAUCCCUCUGCUUUGGACUCAGCAUUGCCACCAUGGUGCAGUGCUUUGGACACAUCAGCGGAGGCCACAUCAACCCUGCUGUGACCGUGGCCAUGGUCUGCACGAGGAAGAUCAGCCUUGCCAAGUCCGUCUUCUACAUUCUUGCCCAGUGCCUGGGAGCCAUCGUGGGCGCGGGCAUCCUUUACCUCGUCACACCGCCCAGCGUGGUGGGAGGCCUGGGCGUCACUGCGGUACACAGAGAUCUUUCUGCUGGGCAUGGACUCCUGGUGGAAUUGAUAAUUACAUUCCAGCUGGUUUUUACUAUUUUUGCUAGCUGUGAUUCAAAACGAAGCGAUGUCACUGGUUCGGUAGCUUUAGCAAUUGGAUUUUCUGUUGCAAUUGGACAUUUAUUUGCUAUCAAUUACACCGGUGCCAGCAUGAACCCAGCUCGAUCAUUCGGACCUGCUGUCAUUAUGGGCAGAUGGGAAAACCAAUGGGUGUACUGGGUGGGACCAAUAAUCGGAGCCGUCCUUGCCGGUGCUCUGUACGAGUACGUCUAUUGCCCAGACGUUGAACUCAAGCGCCGCUUCAAAGACGUCUUUGGUAAAGCUACCCAGCCGUCCAAGGGCAAGUACAUUGAGGUGGAUGACAACAGGAGCCACGUAGAGACCGAUGACCUGAUCCUGAAGCCUGGCAUAGUUCAUGUGAUUGAUAUCGACAGGGGUGAGGACAAGAAGGGAAGAGAUCCAUCCAGCGAGGUGUUGUCUUCCGUAUGACUAGCAAGAAGCACUGAAAGCAGAGAGCAGCCUGCUAGCACGUCCACAGAUAUCCUUCCACCCAUUAAAGAAACAGAUCUCCUCUAGGCUGAGCACCUUCCACUUCUUGAAAGGUAUGGUGUGGGCACAUGCAUGGAGUGGUGUCACCAAACCAUACACCUGCUCAGUUGGAAGAUUAGGACUUUGCUGUAAUUAGGAUUCCCCAUCUAUUAUUCCAAAUUUAGACUUGUUUCUAGUAUUUUCCUUUCCUUCUUUCUGGAGCAACCCCAAAGUCAAAAAAAAAAAAAAGAGAUGAAAGCAUUCUCCUUUAAUAAAGCAGUCAAUAAUGAGAUAAAGAUAGAGAUGUGUAACAUCCAGAUUGACAGUUAAGACAUACCAGGAAAUGCCUAUAGACAUGAAGACCUACUUAUCAGAUUGUUCUUCUGACACUUAAUUGGCUGUUGUCAGCACCGAUUAUAACAUCUUACCCAUUAAGCCUUCUCUGUGAGGUUCAGAGACAGCACCAGCACUAUUUAAGAGUUUUAUCCACAGUCAAGCAAAGGAGUAUUGUUUCCACUCAUGUACAUCACUAUUGCCUUGCAGACUACCUCUGAAAAAAAUGAUACUUUAACAGGCUUUUAAGAAAAAAUUCUAUCAACCCAUCAAAUUUCACUCAUGUGAUUCACUGUAUAAAUACAUUACCUUCAUCCCCAAGAGUAAAUAUGCUGAAAUGGAAUGUUGAAGUGUAGGGUAAUAAGGCUGCUAAGCAUUUGAUUGUAUUUCAUGCUCCCUCUUGUCAUUGUCUAUCUGGUGAAACAUUCUCCUGGGGUUUGACUAUUGACCAUUCAGUGUUAGCAGACUCUCAAGGUCAUGCAAA